AUGGACCGUAGAAAAAUGUUAAAACUUUUAAAAACGCCUGAAUCAAGUUUUAACUUAGACUCUGACGACUCGUUCGCGUUAAAGUCUGCCAAACCAAACAUUCUGAAGAAAAAGGUCACUGACAUUAUCAAUGGGCUUCACGAGAAACAAGCAGAUCAUGGUCAUGAUGACGAUGAAAACAGGCUUAAAAUAACAAACGAUGAGCACGAAGAAGGUUCAAAUAAUCAACUAAAUGAGAGUGAUCACGAUCGGUACGAGGUCUCAGAUGAUGCACACCAAAACCACUAUAAUGAUGAACAUUCCAGUGAGAGAAGCGAAGAAAAACAUGUUGAUAACACGGCAAUCACCGGCUGUAACACCAUUGAUUAUGAGAGAAGUGUUUUCCUAGACAAAAAUGAUAGUACCAAAUCACAACUCUGUCGAUUAACAUGUAUCGUAAAGAACGAAACAACAUCUUUUAUAAAACGGCAUUUUGUGGUUCUCUUUGUUUCAGUUCUUACGAUUUUCAUCGUUACGUAUCUCAACAGAGCACAUAACACAACCGAGGAGGAUUAUAAGAAGGACAUUCGACUGCUGCGUGCACAGAAUAAAAGUUUGCAGGAUGUGGUGAGCAAGUUAUCGGUUCAAAAACCAGCUAAAAGAGUGUUUAAUGUGGGUAGAGUAGAAGAGGGCACGAUAAUUGAUAUUCAGAACAGUGCUAAACCGUACUACUACGGUUUGAUAUUCCAAAAAAGUGGGCGUCACAUAAAUAGUGUAAUGUCAGAAGGUUUGGAGCUGGGCAACUGUUUUAUUAUGAGUGGCACUGAGGGACACAUCAUUUUCAAGUUUGCUAGGCCCUUUAAGAUUGUCAGGAUUGGAUUGUUUCAUCCCGCUAGCAAGAAGAAUGCGAGUGCAAUUAAAAAUAUCAGGAUAAUGGGAAUUAAUGCCGAUAAAAAAGAAAAUCUUGGUGAGUACGUGUAUGAGGGAGCGGGUAGGUAUCAAGAAUUUGAGCUGCACAAUGAUAUAUCCUUUGAAGCGCUCGAUUUUUGCAUUUUGUCCAAUCAUGGCGCGAGGGACCACACGUGCGUUUACAGGAUUUAUGCAUUUGCUGAGGAGGAUACGUAGAAGAAAAUACCAUUUUUACUCCAUAAAUAAAUAUAUCGUACACCAACA